UGCACACACUGUACAAGAAGUGUAGCGGCUUGGAGGAGUGUAUCCGUGGACUGACGCUUUUUUAACGGGAUUUUGUGUAUUUGGAGGUACAGAAUAGUCUUUUCGAAGCACAUGGAGCACUACAGUUCACUCAGGUGGAUUUGGUUGGUUUUAUGUGUAUGGAUUUCUUGUCCUGCGGCAUUUUAUCUACCCGGUCUGGCGCCGAUUUCGUAUUGCGAGACGGAAAAAUCAACAAAUCCUGUUUGUUUGGUAAGAUUCGGAGGAGUUAACUUUAUAUAUUUUGCAAUUCCGCUGUCUUAUGUAACGCUCAGAACACUUUGAAGAAUCUGAUAUAGAUUAAAUCAACGAAUUUUGAGCCAAGGUAGUUAGAAUUUUGUUUGUUCGUUGCUGAUGGUGGUCAACGGUGAUCAAUUUCGCUUCGACUUCUUUCAACACCGUUACUGAAAUGUUAAGGCUUUGCGCAUAUUCCUAGAUAGCGAGGCAAACUUAAUGUUAUUAGGUAAUGGUUGUUUAAUUUAUUGCUAUCACACUUGCUUUUAGUUAUGUAUUGAACCUCUGCUUUUAUUUUGUCUUGUAUAUUUAUGUCUUUAUUCACUUGUAUAUCAACAUCGAUUCGAUGAAGCAUCUAGCUAUAGAAUUUUACCAUCAACAAGUUCUGAUGUUUUCCUUAAACAGAAAUUGUCAUCAACUUUGUUAGGUUGUUCGCUUUUAGAUAUUUCGCAGUAGUACGCGUGUGAAAACUCGUGGUCAUUACCGAUCACAUUAUAUAAUUUAGCCGUAUCGAGUUAACGAAAGAAAUGGCUAUUUUUAGACAUUUUGACAUCUACUUCGCCACGAGUAAGAUUAUUUUUUGUUUUUUCGAUCCCUUUCAGUGUAAGUGCAAAGCGUGAACAUCUGUGUCAUCAAUUUUACAUUUCAUGCAAGAAUAAAACCGUAUUUCCCUGACAACCAGCAAGAUACGCUAAGAAUGAGAUGUUUGAAUAAAUUUACAUUAAAGCUGUUAAUUGAAAAGUUACGUGAAAGUUUUGCCCAAGGGUAAACAAACAAAUCUAAUGGUUUUUUUGUUGUAUUUAAAUUUUACAUGAAGUCUCUUCAAAUCUUCAAUCUAGUGAUUCCUGCAAUUUAUUGUUAGAUUAGUAUCACCCUUAUAAUAUGGAUGGCAAGAAAUAUUUGACCUAUACCCUGGGUGUAAAUUUUUUCAGAAUCAUGGGAUUUUUCACCAAGGUGUCUAACAUAUGCAUUACCGUUGUUGGAAAUAAAGAGGAUUGAAAAUCAAACUUGACCUCAAUGCUCAGUUUUGGUGAAUUUGUUCUAAAUACAUGUUUUUUUUGUUGUUGUUAUUUCUCUAGUCCAAAAUUGAUUUGUUUGUGAAUCGUCUGGAUUCUGUAGAAUCAGUGAUUCCCUACGAGUAUGCCAGGUUUGUAACUUUUACUAUCAAUAUUAUUGUUUUUCUAGCCCUUUAACUGCUAGAAGUGACUAACAUGUAACUUAAUAUCUAAACAUUAUCCAACAAACAGGUCAUGAGAAUAUUCAAACUCAUCAGGUAGAAAUUGUUAUCUUGAUCUUAAACCAAAUUCUUGUAACUUAUUUAUGAGGAAAUGUGAAACAGCUAGAGGGGAGAAUUAACCAUCAGAUCUCAGGAGUGAAAGAGUUAAUACACUCAGCAAAUGGUGUUAACCUAGGGGUAAUAAUUGACUGUGUAGUCUUUUUAUUCAGGUGAGAGUAGUCCUGAAUAGAACUGUCGUCAAUUAGAUCGAGCAAUAUUUUGACAACAUGAGAACAAGUUAUAAUCAGAGUUAGGGUAAUCCUUCAAAUAAAAACCAUUACUAACUGAGAUUAACAUACAACACAGUCAGAACGUUUCAAUUCUGUUCGAUCUUGAUCUUUCUAAUUCAGUUGAUCGUUAAUCCUUUCCCUUCCAGAUCUCAUCAGCAAUUCUCCCUACUAUCUGUUAUACACUCCUUAUGAUUUUAGUUUGGAGAAUUUGUUAUUGGAACAAUUUAUAAUUCCCUAGUUGAUUCUAAUUCUUCUCAGUACUUGCUCUCAUCACUUGUCUGCUUGAUAUUGUAUUGAUAUUGUAAGGAGAAAUUCUAUCUUGGUCACUCGUUGGAGUUUAAGAGUUAAGAAAAAUGGUUGUGAAUCUGACUAGAAGAAAACAAAGUGCAUACUUAAAAAUUGUUUUUACUUUAAAUUCAUUUUAAACAACAACAAAGUAAGGUUAGAAAUUUGUUAUUAGCAAGUACAUGUCCAUGUUAAUGGGCAAAAGUCUUCAUUUUAUCAAUUCACAUGUUCAACUUAUUUGUACAGGUUUGAUUUCUGUGUACCACCCACAGACAAGACAUCACCAACAGAAAACCUUGGACAGGUUUGUAAAUAAGCAUGCAUAUAGACCAUGUUUUACAUAGAUGGUGUUCUUAGCUCUUUGAUUUGCCCAUACAUAUUUGCCUUAUCGUGAUCUAAAAAGGUUGUAAGAGCUGAAAUAAAGAUUGUCAGGAGGGAAAGGCACAUUGUGUAAUACUACUGACAUAGUAUUCUGGUCAAUGCAUAUUCUUUUUUCCACAGCAAUAUUCAAAAGUAGAAAGAUAAUUAAUUUUUAGCUUGGAAAUGAUAUGAAAUUAAUUUUCUGAGUGCCCAUGAGGACAUUCCAAUUAUGUGCCCCCAAUGCUCUACCACUGAGCCAAAGAGACUCUACAUGUGCUCUUCUCUUAGUCCAAUGCUCCUAACAAGGCAAAAUGACAUCUUCAAAUAUUAAAAGUUGAUGACAUAGUUUUCAGCUGAGUGUGGAGUGAUGGAAGUUUAGUGACCAUAAUGUGUUUCCAUGACAACUGCCUCCGUUUUUGGUUGCAAUGCUUUUUUUUACCUCCUGGUGGGCUUUCAUAUUUGACAGUUGGUGAUACAUGGCUCUUGAGAUUCAGUCACCCUUGGAAACAAGGAAUGUUGCCCUUGACAACAUAAUUUUUACAGUCAAUUCCCUGUCACCAAAUUUUUUCCAUGCCUCACUCAAUUGGGAAUUUUAGUACUGAAUAUCUCAUUUUACACAGCAUUAUGCUUCAUCCUUGAACUUACAGCAGUGUUUUGCUUUUUUUACAGGUUGUUUUUGGAGAGAGGAUAAGACCCUCCCUUUACAAUGUAAGCAACAGCUUUUAUUUACGGUCUUGUUUAGAUGACUUCAUGUUUAUCUGGGCAAUACACCAGUUAAUAUCUGGGUAUAUUUACUAGCUUUCUUCUGUUGUGUUUUAGUCAACUUUUCUGUGUUGUAAUUGGUGUAUUUUACAUUCAAUUUACAUUUCCAUAGUUUGGCAAUCUUUGUUUAUUUUUUUUUGUUAUUUGUUAAUAUGUUUGACAGAUUACGUUCAAGAAAGAUGUAACAUGUAAACAACUUUGCCCCAAAGAAUACAAAUCUGGCAAUGCAGAGGAUGGGAAGAAGCUGGAAUUUUUAAGAAGUGGAAUUGCUCUUAACUAUCAAAAUCAUUGGUUAGUGUGGCUGCAGUCUCAACAUCAUACUUAUUGAAUGACAAUGUCUUGUUAGAUUUUCAGUAUUAGAUAAAUAAAUUUUUGAUUGUUUGUCUCACAAUAUAAGAGUCAGGCCAGUCAAUGAUAUUGAUUACGACGUUGUUGCUGUUUAUAACAUAACAAACCAUGGUGCUAUGAAUAGUGACAUGCAAACUUUCAACCUUGUGUGAAAAAGGCCAGCAAAAUCAGGUACUUAUUCUAUAGAGAUGUUCUUUGUGUCGUCUUAAACUUACUGUUCUCUUAAGCUGACUCUGCUAUACAUCUUUCUAAUCUUUGCAGGAUUAUUGACAACAUGCCUGUGACUUGGUGUUAUGAGGUUGCAGAUGAAGAAAGAAAGUACUGUUCCACAGGAUUUCCUAUUGGCUGUCAUGUGUCAGAGGAUGGACAAGCACGCGAUGCCUGUGUAACAAGUGUAAGCAUUUACAGAUUUCUCAAUUAGUAUACUAAUGCGCCUGGUUGUUUUAAGGUGGAUAAUGCUAUCUAGUAGAGAAAUCUCUGUCUGGUGGAUAGCGCAGUAUAUUUUGCUUAGACUUACAGCCUCUGGAUAGAGAUUUACAUGUUGGAUAGCAAUUUACAAUGAAUAUGUUGGAUAGUGUUAUCCAUCCUUUGAAUAACCAAGGUGCAACCAAGGCCAGAAGUUUUCAAUUGAGGGAUGAAAUUUGAAAUUGAAGUCAUUAUUACAGCCAAAAACUGAACAAAGUGGAAAAUGAUUUAAAAUGUAAGUUCAUGGAAAGUCACACUUAGACACAGGCAAACGUCAAGAGGUGGGGGUUAAUGACAAAUUGUGAUUGGUUUUAGUUUUGCGUCUGAUUGGUUGAAAGGAUGGGACAAAGGCCUUUUGACCAAUCAGUGAGCAAACUGAAGGGAACCAGAACUAAAGCAUUUCAGGUUUAUCUUUGACAAAUCCUCCAAAGUUUGCUCCACUUCCCACAUGUGGCAUUGCAGCUCAGUUGGCAGUCGAGCCCAUGUAGUCUUUACCAGGCUUAAGUUGAAAGCCUGGAUGUUUUUUGUUUUAUCUGUAAUUUUGUUAUUGGCAAUUUAAUUGUGAGAAUUAUUUUGUCCCUCGUUUAUGUUUUUUGUUUCAGGCCAAGUUCAAUGAACGCGGGAUGCACUACAUCUUUAAUCAUGUUGAUAUCGAGAUCAAAUACCAUGAUGGGUCGGGGGAAGACUGGGAAGGAGCUCGUCUGAUGUCUGCAAAGGUCACACCAAGAAGGUAUGAGCUGCACAAACAACACUGUCAGGGAGGGCCACAGUGGCCUUAUGGUCUGUGUGCUGAGCUGGACUCUUGAGUCGAGAGGUCUGGGUUUGGGAUCUGCCCUGUUCAUUGUGUACUGUUGGUGUUUGAGACACUGAACUCCCAAUGUCAGGGAAACAUGUCAAAAUGCUGGACAAGAAUAGCCAGCAAUUGAUUGGCACUUCAUGUCAGAGAAACUGGGAUAAAACUCUUGCAGGAGUCACUUGACAAGAGUGCAUGCUUUAUUUGUUCUUUUUUUUUUUUACACCAUAGUGCCUGAAUGUCUUAUAUAUGUCAUCCAACUUGAAGCAAUCUUGUAGUAAUAAAAGUUGUACAUUUUAAGCUUGUAAGUGUAUUAUUGAUGGAUUUUUUUUGUCUUGACAUGAGUUUGGGACAAAGAAAAAAUCUGAGUUCCUUUAAGAAACCCAAUGUCAUACACCUGUAUACUGUACUUGCUGGUUUUACUCUUUGAGGUUUGAUUCCUCUCAAGGAGUCAGAUGCAUGAAAAGACAAAAAAUCAUCUAUUCUUACACAGCAAUCUUGUUCAUUCUACAGUAUCAAGCACGAGAAAGGCAAGGAUCUGAAAUGUGAUGGUGAUUUACCAGCCAUGGGUUUUCCAGCUGAGAUAAAAAGUGAUGUUUACAUUGCUUACACAUACUCUGUUCAAUUCCUGGUGAGUUUGAGCAUUUAAUAUCUUAAACGUAGUCUUUCCCAAAAUCUCAGUAGUGAUUCUCCCUGCUCUCUACCAUACAUUUCUUAUAGUUUUAGCUCUGAGAAUUUGGAGGUGAAUCAUAUGAUAAUUUUCCUUUAGUAAAUAUUUUGGUUAGUUCUCAUCACUUUAAGCUGGACAAUGUAUUGAAAUCAGAAGGAGAAAUCACUCCUUGAUAGUGACCAAGACAGAAUUUCUUCUUACAUUAUUAAUACAGUAUGAUGCAGACGAGUGAUGAGAAUCAAGAAUAAAAUAAUAUCAAUCAAAGGAUAAUAUUAUUUGAUCCAAUGCCAAAUCAGGGCGUGAAAUUGUGCCUAAUACAGGCACCAAUGUGACUAAUACAGGCAACAAUGCGACUAAAUUUUUCACUUUGGCGACCAAAUCCUGAAAGUUAGUCGCCAAAUUGGCAACUAGAACGUUUCAUCAUGACCUUACCAAGAGAUAUAGUGAAUUAAAAAGAUUUGCAAAGAUAAAUCAGCGGCAAACUUCCUUGUUAAGUUUGUUUCUAAAACAUAGCACAUGCAUCUCGAUCGAUAACUAGAUGCCAUCUUGGAUUUAGAUGAGCCUGAACGUUGUUUAUCAUCCAUCCCAGUGUCCACUUUGUAGCACGUUAAAGAUCUUUUCCCUAACUUAAUUUUGGAGCAUCUAUCUAGAACGCUGACAGUAUAAAGAAAGAUUUUGUUUGUCUCUGAAAAUGGUGACCAACUUUUUUUGAAUUGGCUACCACUUUGAAGAAUUUAGGAGCCAAGUGGCUAUCAGAAAAAAAAAGUUAAUUUCACGCCCUGCAAAUAUUUAGAACUAACAUAUAAGAAUUGUAAGGAAAGUAAGGAGAAUUACGAAUGAGAUCUUGGGGUUGAAAGGGUUGAAAUCUUAGUGCAGCUAAAAUCUUGGAAAAACUGGAUAGACAAGAAAUAUUUAGAAUUUGUUUGUGUUAAUUCUGGAAAGUCAUAGAUUUUGAGUGGGGCCAGAGAUAGCAAUCAAAUCAAUAGAACAUGAGAAUGCACAGGAAAGCACAAAAUAUUGUUUUCUAAGUAAAUGGCUACUUUCACUUUCUAGGAAACCAACUUUUCAAACCUUUUUACAGGUAUUAUGUGGGCCAUGAAAAAUGCUAAAAAAAUCCAAGGAUACUGUACCUUUUGGAAAGUGAUGUUUCCAAUUUUUUGUAAGGUUCUGAAAGGAUACAAAUGAAACUUUCCAAAAGUGACAGGAAAAAUGCACUAAAACAUACUUAUGUGAAGAUUAUAUUUACUAUGCAUGAGUUCAAAAUUUUUUGCAUUGAAGCAUAUUCUGUACUGGGUUUAUGUCUACAUGUGAUAUGCAAACUCCUUUCUUCACCCUCUCCUCCUCAAGGUUAUUGUGGUACUCCUCUUUGUACAUGGCCUUGAUGAGAUCAAGUAUUCCACUCUUGUGAAGAAGAAAUCAGUUUCAUUGAACUUGCAGUGGUAUUUUUUUGUAUUGAAGAGGAAAUUUAUUUUAUUUUGCAGCCUGAGACUGAUCCCAAUCACAAAUGGGCAUCCCGUUGGGACUACAUUCUUGAUUCAAUGCCACACACAAAAAUCCAGUGGUUUAGGUAAGAUAUACUCCACAUGUACUAACAUGGGGUACUAUGGCAAGUAAUUGAGCAGAGUUGUUUAUCUGCAAUGAGGCACAAAAGUGAAGAAUAAUUAGUUACACUGUAGAUGCAACUAUCAGCUAUGAGUUGAUCAAGGCAGGGUUUCAAUAUCUUUUUCUAUAAUCUAUUGCUGAUGGUGCAUUGUGUGGCUAUAUUGUAAGGUAAAAUGCAAACAUCAAAAUAUAAAUUAAACAAUAUCCCCUUGUAGAUAAGCUUCUUUCCUUCCAUCAUCUCUCUACUUCAUAAUGUAUCAACAGUACAAGAUGAACCAUCUUUGUAGUCUCUCUUUAGGGUGAAAGGGCUAAACUACAUUUAUAUACAGUUUUCAGCUGAUCAUGUCACAAAGAGUCUUUGAUUCAACUCAGAGACUUGUGUAAUUUCCACUGGUAGGAAUGCAAAGAUGUUAUGUUUUUUGCUACUGUCCUCUUGAUGGCAUUGAGUCGCUCUAACAUGUGAUCUUAUUAGUGUUGUGAUCUUUUGUCCUCAGCAUCAUGAAUUCAUUGGUCAUUGUGCUCUUUUUAUCUGGAAUGGUGGCCAUGAUUAUGCUGCGAACUCUGCAUAAGGACAUUGCUCGUUACAAUCAGAUGGAGUCAGCGGUAUGUAGUCAGAUCUAAGAUUUUAAAUAGAGAAGUUGGUUGGUGUAAAAUGAGACUUGUCAGAGAACCAAGUUCAAUUUUUUUGGAAACAUUUGAAGUUAACUGUUUCCAGCCUUAAUACCUCUUACUGACAAAGUUUGGGGUUUAUGCUGCAAGUUGCUGACUGUGUUUUUUGCCCCUCUGAUUUUAUGGACAAUUAUAUGAAAACAAAAGUUCUAAACUGAAAGUUAGAAGCAAUUGAUGAUAAAUGAGACAUAAUUUUGCUAUUUUAACGUUAAGUGAAAUAUAACCCACCGUAUGGACCAAUCAUGGCAUUCAUAAUAACUGAGAGAUGAAAUUAAUAUAAUUUAUCACACCUUUUGUAGGAGGAGGCUCAAGAGGAGUUUGGCUGGAAGUUGGUUCAUGGAGAUGUCUUCCGCCCUCCAAAGAAAGGAAUGUUAUUGUCUGUCAUGUUGGGUUGUGGAACUCAGAUAUUUAUUAUGGUGUUUUUCACAUUAGGUGAGAUUGACUUAAUGUAUUUUUCCAUGGCCUUAAAAGAAUUGUAUACAUUUUCAUUUGAUUACUGGGUAUGUUUUUUCCCCUCUGGAUGAGAUUCCAGUCCUUAGCAAGUUACCCUGGCAGUUUGCCAGUACCCACCCUGAGUGGGGAGAGGCAUAGCAAGAGGAUGAUGACUUGUCGGAGAAUGUAACAUUCUAAUCUUCACCUUUCACCAACUACUUUUUUCUACCCUUGUUUGAGUUUGUUUCAUUGUAUUUUUGCUCAUGUCAUGGAUUGAUUUUUUUUCGUCAACUACGUGUAUGUAUUAACUCUGUAUUGAGUUUUUUAACUAAGGUGUUGUCUCAUAGAUUAAAUCUUCUUUUGUUCCUCUUCAGUGUUUGCUUGUCUUGGAUUCCUUUCACCUGCGAACCGUGGAGCUUUGAUGACUUGUUCAUUGGUGAGUUGCUGCCUGACAUUCUUUGGAAAAAAAAGCAAAAAUUUUCCAAAUCAAAUGUACAUGUAAUACCCUAGUUUAAUGGAACAUCUUUUAAAAAAUCUUUUCCUAAUCAGCAAUCACUGCCAUAUUGUUGUGUUUGAUCUUUGUAAGGUAGCUGGUCAAACACCAUUUUUCUAAAUGCAGUGGUCAGUGAGUUUUUAUUUUUUGGCCUAAACCUCCAACAGGGGCUAUUCAGCACAGGUCACAUGUAACUCUCUAUACACAUGUAACCUUCAGUUUGGUAAAUUGAGAAGAGUCGUUUGGAAUAAGUGUGAAAAAAGGUGUGAGUUUUAUUUACUAAAAUGUUUAAGAACCCAGCCAAAGAAGUUUACUGAAAUGACAUGUAUAUGUGUAGGUUAAUAAGUACAAUGUACAUAUUUUUUUAUCUAUUUUUUUUUUUUUGUAGGUGCUGUUUGUUUGUCUUGGUUCACCUGCUGGUUAUGUUUCUGCCAGAAUUUACAAAAGUGAGUGCCAUGGAUAACAAGCAUUUGGUGGUAUUGUCAAGGGAGAAAAUUACAUUACAUCAUUGAACAAAUUUUUGUUUUUAUACAUUUUUCUCAGUAAGGUAGAUUUUGUCUUUUUGUAAAAGGUAUUUGCUUGUUCGCAAUUUUUUUUAAGUUAUGUAGAAAGAAAUGAACUUUCUCUGUAUACUGUACAACUGUUAUGCAGCCCUUCUAUGCAUGCCCUAUCAUCCUUCAGUGUCCCUGUUAUUCUGGGUGGCAUUUUCCAUUCAACAGAAUUCUAAUAGUGCUUUGUAAACUUCUUUUUUAACUGUUUAGUGGUUGGCGGAGAAUUAUGGAAGACCAAUGUUCUGUUAUCGGCAUUCUUUUUCCCUGGGUGAGUACUCAUUGAUGCAAACAUGAACACUACAGUGUACAGCUGGAAAGAAUGAAGUUCAGUGAAGCUGCUUCUUUUGUUUGUGACAGGAAGACUUUUCAGUUUGACUUGUAAAACUCAAUGUAAGAGGUAUUCACUGCAAAGAUCUUUUAGGAAGGAUUUGAAAUUCUUAAGAUUACAAUGUAAACUGUUAAAAAUACUCAGUUUAUUAGCCGCUCAAAGUAAGUCUAAUGCCUUAUUGUGUGAAAGUUUUGAUUACAGUAGAAAUGCAUCUAAAAAGAAUGAAUUAUCAUUGUCAUCAUUUUUAUCAUCAUCAUCAUUAUCAUUUUAAUGAUCUUUGUUAUUAUCUUUAUCAUUAUCUUUAUUUUGGUCUUCAUCACAGUCAGUGUAAUUGUCAUUUUCAAUAUUGUUGCCAUAACUAUCACCCUUGUCGAAUGUAAUAACUUUUUUCUUUGAUUCCAGAUUGAUGUUUGGAAUUUUCUUCCUGUUAAAUCUUGUUCUGUGGUCAGAGGGUUCCUCGGCGGCUGUUCCAUUCACCACUUUACUUGCCCUGUUAGCCAUGUGGUAAGUCUAAACCUGAAUCAUUAUCAGCCCAUGACUCUGCGCAUUUUAUGAAACAUGCAGGAAAUGUUAAUUUUUCCUUUUUCUUUUCUUACUCGAUAGGUUUGGCAUUUCAGUUCCACUUACAUUCCUGGGGGCUUACCUUGGAUUUAAGAAAAAGGUAAUUUCAGUACAUGUAUAAACCGCUGAUAAUUAAGGUAGUAGUCAAUAUAAACGGAAAGUCAGCCUGUUGGCUAGAAAACCCAUCUGGCCAACACAUAUCCUGGUUUCCAUAGCAUAAACCCUAGACACCCUAACAUUGGUAUCUAUAUUCUCCCAACUGUUCUCUAUACAUUUCCUUAGGUGUUGACUGGGAGAAUUUGUUAAAAAAUCAAGAGCUUCUGUACUUGGUGAUCAUUUUCUCUAUUCUCGUGACCUUCAUGUUUGAUUCAAGGGUGAGAUUGUAAGGAGAAAUUACAGUAGAUGUCUGUCAUUCUCAGGAGUUGAGUCGUUAAGCGAUUUGGGGUAUUGUUUCCUCUUCCCUCUCUUAGACGAGAUGCCAGUAUGCGCGGGUGUGCUUUUGGCGUUUUUUUCUUUUUUUUUAAUCAGGUUCCGUUAACAGUUUCUUAGUACCCAUUUAUGCUCCGAAGUGGAGAGAAAUGCUGUGAUAGUAAAGUUUCUUGCCCAAAAAGGCAUUAUGAAGAUCCUGCCUUGGCUCGAACCCUGACCUCUCGGUCCUUUAGACCUUUGACACCUUCCCAUGUCAGUACAAUUAUGGAUUCUGAAGAAUGUUUAUUUUUUCCUUUAGCCAAUUGAGCAACCAGUUCGAACCAAUCAAAUUCCUCGUCAGAUUCCAGACCAGGUAAGUACAAUUACGGACUCUAAAGAAUACAGAGCACCUCAAGUUAGAGGUUUACAAUCUAGGUGGUUCCACAGGUCAGUUCUAAUUCACACACCACCUUUGCCUUAACCAUUUUAUAUUAGACAAUGAUUCAUUAUAUCUUGAAUUAAGGUAACGAGUGAAUGUCUUUUUGAGCGAAGUUUUCAAUUGAGUGUCGAAAGUAAUUCGGGAUUUUGCUCUAUCUCGCUCCGUGAUUGGUUCAGAAAACUCGCGCCUCUCUAUCAACCAAUCAGAUCCAGAACUAGAAGCGACCACGACUUGGUAACCUGCGUUUUCCCGCGCGUUAGGCCUGGGUUUUUAUCGGCUCUUGUUACUUCGACUUGGUAACCCGCGUUUUCCCGCGCUUUAGACUUGAGCUUUAUUGGCUCCAUAUGGUAACUUCUUUCCUUCUGAUUGGCCGUUGCGAUUACGGUGGUUUUGCUGUUACGUUACUAAAUCAGAAAGCGCCUUAGUGCUCUACGUGUAAUAGAUUUGUAUUAAAAUCAUUAAGAUAUUGUCUCAAAAUAAAAUAUUGUUGUCUUGCAGAGUAUUUACACCAGAGCAGGACCAGGAAUCAUCAUGGGAGGUGUUCUUCCGUUUGGGUGUAUUUUUAUCCAGUUGUUUUUUAUCUUAAACAGUAUUUGGUAAGUCUCUUUAUUGUAUGAAUUAUGGAGAUUUUUACCUAAAUUUAUGUUGAACCGUUAGAUUUUUCUCCUUUUUUUCUGUUUGCGUGUAACUUGUUACAGCCCCUUUACGUUUUUUACAAACUCGUAAAGCAGACUGCCUUCCUGACAAGCAAUUAAUAUAUUUGUAGGAGUAUCAGGCGAACUUGGAUGAUGCAAACUGUAUUUGAAUCCAAAUGUUCUUCUCCAAAUUCUGCCAUACAUAUAUUUUGUCGUGCAAAAAGCUAUUUUCUUCCCUAUUAUAAGGAAAAGUCUGAACAAUUUCAUGUGAACACGCAAUAAUACAGACAGCCUCCUUAAAUUCCACUUUUAUUGUAUAAACUUCUUGAAAAAUACUCGCUUAUUUAUUUUUAGUUCGGAUUAUCGGGUGACCCAACAAAACGGCAGUUCAAUGUUUCAUUUUAGGUUGAACUAUCAGUAUGAGUGAUUUUAUUGCUUUUUUUCUGCAUCAACCAGGUCGCAUCAGAUUUACUACAUGUUUGGUUUCUUGUUUGUGGUUUGUUUAAUUCUACUGUUGACCGUGUCAGAGACCACCAUACUGUUGUGUUAUUUCCAUCUUUGUGCUGAGGUGAGGAAAUUCAUGUGGUUAAAUUCGAACCAAAACUAGUCUUUCCAUGGCUGUUUUCUUCACAGUUAUGGGAGGGAGCGCGAAGCGAUCGCGUGUGAACGAGUGCCGAAUUAUCCCACCCUUAAGGGUUCACGUAGGUAACUCCCUAGCGGCUUCUUUUGCGCCCAAACAUUGGACAAUGAUCGAAGGGAAAACAGUGGUCUUCGAGCGGACCACACCAAAAUUUUACUUUAUCGUACGGUGCUUUAUACACCUUAACAUUUUGCUUUCGUACAUUCUAGUCGCCCUUACAUUUCUAUCUUUUAUAUUUUGACAUUCAACACGCUUUCUCGUUCGUGGCAAUUUUGAAGCAGAGAAAAUUCUUGUUACGGUUGGAGGCGAAGCUGUGGCUUUCACUACUAUAUAGAGCUUCUCUAUGCAUUAGGGUUACAUUCGUGUUUAGUAUUCGUGGAAGCUUAAAACAGUUCCCAUGUACAGUGAAAGAACUGGUUUUCCUUGGUGCAAGUAGAAAGAAAGUCCACGAAACUUCACCUCUCGCCAGCGUGCGUUUGUAAGUUGCUCUGUCUCGCGGGUGCCAAUCCCAAACGUCUACAGCACGCCAGUACGCGCAUGCGGUAUGCUAUUCAACACGCUUUCUCGUUCGUGGCAAUUUUGAAGCAGAGAAAAUUCUUGUUACGGUUGGAGGCGAAGCUGUGGCUUUCACUACUAGAUAGAACUUCUCUAUGCAUUAGGGUUACAUUCGUGUUUAGUAUCCUUGGAAGCUUAAAGCAGUUCCCAUGUACAGUGAAAGAACUGGUUUUCCGUGCAAGUAGAAAGAAAGUCCACGAAACUUCACCUCUCGCCAGCGUACGUUUGUAAGUUGCUCUGUCUCGCGGGUGCCAAUCCCAAACGUCUACAGCACGCCGGUACGCGCAUGCGGUGUGCUUCGUGUCGUAUGUUCAAAACGAAACUUAUCCAUUCUCUGCAAUAUUCGGAACUCAAAACUUGUCGAUGUAGUUCUUAAAUACGAUCUCGUUAAGCGAAAAAUCAGACUGUAAAGGGACUCGAGGCCAUAACUAGAUCCUUUCCCACGGUUUGUGUAUUUUCAGUGCAACUUAUUGUAGAGUGUCCCUAACAGUAAUGUUUCGCUUAUUUUAAACGCUUUACUCAAUUGCAGGAUUAUCAUUGGUGGUGGCGUUCCUUCCUGACUGGCGGAUGUACUGCAGUGUAUUUCUUUCUGUACUCGAUUCAUUUCUUUGUCACCAAACUGACCAUCACAGGAACAGCCUCCACCUUCCUGUACUUCGGCUACACACUGAUCAUGGUGUUGAUCUUCUUCCUUUUCACUGGUAAGUGCGUCAUGGAUCCUUGCCAUUGUGAUUGGUAUUCUUUGCCGUUGUAAUUGGUAACUUGUUCCAGGCUUCCGGGUGGCGGUGACUCAAGAACUAGAGUUACUCUCCACUGCGCCUUGAGCAACUCUAACGCAGCUUUCGAGAUCUCCAACUUCCCGCAUGCAUCUAUAGAUUCCAGACAAAUGGACCAGCAACUCUUGCGUUUCUUUUGAGAUCUCCAAACUUCCCGCAUGCAUCCAUAGACUCCAAACAAAUGGAUUUCAUGUUGCAGUGCGUCUGUUCAGUAAUAGAUCACAGAAGGCGUCAGAAUGUGGUAUGAACAAAACGUGGUACACGGGGCGCAGCUAAGUGUGUCAGUGAUUUCCCAAACGCAUUUUGACCUUAUCUUUGAUCUACCACUGAACGGACCCAAGGCAAUAUAGAAUUUAUUGUUAUAUAUGAUAAAGAGCACCAUAUCGUCGAUGGUGACGUCGUCUACGUGUAUGAACCAAUGAAGAUGUGUGUUUAAUUCAGCUUUUCAUGUAAACCACGAUACUUGCACGCUGAGUAUGGACCAAUCUUUGAAUAACAAUAUGACGAAUUCUGUGCCAAACUUUUAUGCCUUUCAUUUAAAUCUAAAAUCGCUUAUACCUUUUCCCAGGUACUGUGGGAUUUUUCGCCUGUUUCUUCUUUGUGAGAAAAAUCUACAGCAUCGUCAAGGUAGACUGAGAAACCCGAUGGAAACUUUGUUAUUUAUGGAUCGACAAAAGUACAUUGGAAAUAUUUGAACUUUAGCCAGCCACAACAAGAGACUAAUGGCGAAGGUGGGCUGGGAAAAGUCACUAUUAGGAUCUUGGUGGUUCCAUUUAGUUGUAAUUCAGAAGUCAAGGUAGCAACUUCAGUUGAAAUUGUUACCUCCUUGUUCUUUUGUGUUGAAAAAAGUAACGAGCACACAACACGAACCAAAUAUGUAAAUCUUAAAGUUGAAAAAAUGUUUCAUAUUAAAUAAUUUCGUGGGAUUAUUUUUCUGCUUGGCAAUAUGACGUAUUAGCGGAGCUCGCAGCACGCGCGCAGUGGAGCCCCAGUACUAAGUAGAAAUGGUAGCAGUCCAUCAAACCGAAUUUUAGCUGGUAAUUGUAAUAAUUUUGGUUGCUCAUUUGUGGAGAAUACUCAAGAAAAGAUAAUUUAUUGUUCAGACUAUUUUAACUCGUUUAUAACCUCCGUGAGACACGGACACGGGGCGAAGUUGUUGGAACUUUAGUUAUAAAUCUGCUUGAAACACUCUUGCCAAGAACUUAACUGAAAGAAAAUUUCUUAUCCAUGAUGGCUGCUCAUGUGAGCCAGCGAUUUCAAAGCGAAGAAACUUGCCAAACGUGACGUAAUUCAUUGCCAUCAUGGUGGUUAUCAUCAUGCACGUGUGACGUGUUUGCGUGGACUUGUGAAGUUGUGAUUGGAUGUGAUGAAAUAAAAGCCUUUUUCGACUAAACUUUAAAAUAAUGUACAUGUGUUAAUUUGGGGGGAAAGUUGUUUGUCGAGUGACUUUUAAGCAGCCGUUUCGUUUAAGUGGUUAAAGGUAGAACAAGAGAUUUCACAGCUUCAAUCCGACUAUGGUUAGGUAUUUUUAAAGUUGUAAGAGGAAGGAGGAAGUGAUAUCACUUGUUAUAAAUUUAAGGAUGUUCAUCUUAGUUUUGUAGCUAACUAUGGACAGUUUGCUGUGAAUAUCCCAGUUCUUUUCUGAAGCAUUAGGACAACAUAGUGGAAGGUACUGUUUGGAGUCCAAUGUCGUAACAUCGAGGUGCACGGUGUAAAAGGCGAUAGCUAAAAGGAGUUUCAACUUGGGGUAAAUUAUUUUUUCCUUGCUUGGAAAAUUUCAUGUAAAUUGAAAUGUGAAUGUCUUGUACUUUGUGCACAGUUUGAUUUUGCUUAAUCAGCUGUUCCUUUUUUUCCAUAAUACCUCACGGUCGAUGUAUUAACUUCAACUUAAAAGUAAAGACUUUCUUACAAUAUUUUCUGGAAUAAAAGCCACAAACUCCUAGAUUUAUUCCUCAUAUUUGGGAUUAUGACGUUAUCGCAGCUUGACGUUUCUAUUUGUUUAAGAUAUGUGCGGAUUGCGUAGUUGGUGUAGGAAUCUUUCUAUAUAGCAAGCUUCAUUGAGGGAAAACUUAUGUAAACCUAAUUUAAUAAUUUUAAGUUAAACAACACUCCGUACAUAUUCCUCAUGAUUAUGUUUUCUUUCUUCAUUCUGGUUAUAUAAAUUUGUUCUAGUGAGUAGAGUAUGAUCCAGAAAGCUACAGCUAGUUUCUGAGUUCCAAGAACCCUCGCUUCCAAAACGAGGCGUGGCUUAAAAACUUUAUCUGUAAAGUAAGUUUUACUUGCAUGAUAAUAACCUAUCAUUUUUCUACCCCCGUUUUAAGAUGAAGGCUUGGGGCAUCUCAGAAAUGUUCUCUGUGACAAAAGUAAAUAAACACGCAC